CUUCCUGGUUGUAAAGAUGGCAGCGCAAGCCACGCUCAGAACGUUUCCAGAUUGCCUUUCAGCCAAGUAUACGGGAUCGUUCGCGUAUUUGACAGUAAAGGACAGGUUGCCAAAAAUUCUGACCAAGGUUAUUGACACCAUACAUCGGUAUAAAAACAAGUUUUUUGAAGAGCAUGGGGAGGAGGGUUUAGAGGCAGAAAAGAAGGCAAUCUCCCUCCUGUCCAAAUUAAAAAAUGAGCUGCAGACGGACAAGCCAAUUCUAGCCCUGACUGAUGGACUGGUGGACAUGGACAUGUGGAACCAGUACCUGGAGAGACAGCAGUCGUUGCUGGAUGACAAUGUGCCGCCAAGUUGGUUUAAGUCCCCUUGGCUGUAUGUAGAGUGCUAUAUGUACCGGAGGAUUCAGGAAGCACGGUGCCUUAAUCCUCCAGUUAGUGAUUUUGAUGUGUUUGAGGAAGGAAAGACUCAAAGCUUCUUUGAAUCUCAACAAGCUAGUUUGAUUCUCUGCACAUAUCUCCAAGGUCUGCAUAAAGACCUGACAGAUUUGUCUGAGGAGCAGCUGAGAGAGCACUUCAUUAAACUGCUACAGGUGUGCCUAUGGGGUAACAGAUGUGACCUCUCAAUUUCAGCUGGGCAAGAGAAUUCACAGAAGUCCAGUCCGAUUGAUUCUCUAGAAAGUCUGAAACCUUUCAUCCUAGUUGAUGAGUCCACCAAGAUUUGGACUACCUUGCUGAACAACAAGCUAACCAGAAGGCCUGCAGGAUCAUCUAGAAGAGUUGACUUCGUCUUGGACAAUGCUGGCUUCGAGCUCAUCACUGAUCUGGUCUUAGCUGACUUCCUUGUGGCCUCCGGCCUUGCCACUGAUAUCCACUUCCACGGGAAGUAUAUGCCAUGGUUCGUCUCUGACACAACAAAGAAGGAUUUUGAAUGGACACUAAGGCAGAUGUUAUCAGCCAGUCAUUUGUGGAUGUCUGUGUGUGGUGCUCGGUGGCAAGGCUACUUGAAGGAAGGCAUCUGGUCUUACCAAGAUCAUCCUUUCUGGACUCUGCCUCACGAAUUCUGUGACAUGGCUGCAGAUGCUCCAGAGCUAUAUGCCGAACUGCAGAGAGCUGACCUAAUCGUUUUCAAAGGGGAUUUGAACUAUAGGAAACUAACAGGCGACAGGAAGUGGGACUAUGAUGUCCCAUUUGAAACUGCAUUAAGGGGAUUUCACCCUGCUCCUCUGUGCAGCUUGAGAACUUUAAAAGCUGACGUGCAGGUUGGUCUGCAAGCCGGCCAGGGGGAGAACUUGACUGCUGCAGACACAGAUUGGAUGACUAGUGGAAAAUAUGCUAUUAUUCAGUUCUGUGGGCCUCACAGGGGGUAACUCCAUUCAUGGCUGGUUGCUCAGAAUGGUAGAAUAUUGAAAGCAUGAAAUAAUGGGUUCAUUUGUUUAUUCCUCUAUUUAGGGUAAAUAAAAGUUUAAAAAAAAACAGUCAGAUAUGUAAUAUCUGGAGUGUCCAGAAAGCGCUAUUUAAGUGUAAGC